GUCGGACCUUUCCUAACUUUAGAUUACUUGACUACUUUAAACCGUACGACCAGGGAUUUUCAUAAGGGACGGAAACAGGAAAGGACGAGCCCCGGAUGCCGGAUAGGCGAUGCUACAUAGGUGGGCGGUGGACGGUGGGGACUUUUUGUGCAAGUUUUAGUCGCGACUAUAGCCAUGUACAACUCUACUCUUCUUUUUUUCUUUUUUUCCUUCCUUCACCCUCUAAUAGUCAAAGAGCAUGACCAAGGUUGAAUUUAAUUUAAUGACUAGAAUGACGAUCGUAUGGUCACAAUUAAUCAGGUCGUUUACGUGGACUACGCCUUUUGGAAUGGUUUGUGGGGCAUCCCUGUCUUCCCUGUUCCUCGGGCUUACAACAACCAGAACAACCUGCAAUAUCCUGCAACAAUUCCAGUUUUCUUUCAACUUGUACCUAUUCUUGGCUGUCUUAUCCGACAGGACCUGCAUCAUCCAUUUGCUCUCCGCGCUUCUUGGUCCCUUCUUGCAGCAAUGGGGUAUUGAUCAGCAUCCCGAUCUAGUAACCACUUGGUAUUCUUUGGGCUAUCUAUACACACCUAACUUUUCUAUGAAAAAGACCCAACGGCAUGCCGAGGUACCCGAAGCUCUACAAUGACAUACCUAAUAGUUUAGGUUGACGUAUAUCAUUGUUGUGUACAGUAAUAGAUCAACCGACAGUCUCGGCCGCCUCUUAAACUUCUAUUUGCCACCCGCAAACCUGAGUAUAAGCACUAGACAUCUAGUUCACUCGGCUAGAUGA